AUGGCGAUCUUCAUGCACACUAGAGGAGUGUUGCAGGUGCUUUGCAACACUCCCAACGCACGAGUCAAACUGCUGAAGGAGGCAGCAUCCAAGAUCUUCGGGUAUAAGAAGAAGGAGCCGACAACGGCUGAUUUGCCUAUCCCUCGUCCUCCUAGCGAGGAAGGGAAUGUGCAUCCUUUCGAGCGGUUGCCAUGGUGGUAUCGGCUCUACAUCGUUGCUCGUCGUGCAGUCUACCUUGUCAUCGUGUUCGCACCUUUCACCGCCGUCUCACUUGUUCAGACUUUGAACCCGAAUGAUCCCUGGCUCCGAGAGUAUUGGUUGGAGAUGAUGGUCAAGACUCUCGAAAAGGCCGGAUGCAGCUUCAUGAAAUUUGGGCAGUGGCUGUCAAUGCGUCCGGACUUGUUUCCACCUGAUGUUAUCAGAGCCUUGUCUCGUCUGAGAAAUGACGGCAAGAUGACGAGGAGAGAUGCCCCUUCGCACGAUUUCGAGUACACGAGGAAGGCGAUUGAAGAAUCGUUCGGCAGGACGAUUGAGGAACUUUUCGAUGAGUUCGAUAAAGUUCCUGUUGCAAGCGGCACUAUUGCGCAGGUUCACAAAGGAGUGUUGAAACCCGAGUUUGCACUUGAAGGAGGACAGCGCGAGGUUGCAGUGAAGGUCAGACACCCUCAGGUCGUUCACGAGACAUACUACGACACAAGACUGCUGUUUGACGUUCUAGACUGGGUCGGCAAGACUCUCCUUCAGACUUCCCAGCCUUUUGACAAGGUGGAUCUCACCUGGGAGGCUUACAACCUUCAGCUGUUCAACUGGAACUUCCAGGGAGAGGAGAUCAUCAAAUUCCCUCAAGUUUUUCCUCAUCUUGUCUCUCCGAGCGUCUUGACCGAAACAUGGGUAAACGGAACAAUCGUGCAAGACAUCUUCAGCGAGGUUGGGGACAAGGCAAAGGCAACGUAUCAACGUUUCAGGCAUGACAUGACAGGCUUGUUCUUGAUCUUGCUCAAGGGUUGUUGCUGCAGCGAUGAAGUUCACGCGACCAAGAAGAAGAUGGCACAAGUUGACGAGCAGUCGAUCGCCAUCUUUGACAUGAACAUGAAGAUGUUUCUUCGUGACAACUACAUCCAUGGCGAUCUGCAUGGUGGAAACCUCAUGGCUGCUCAUGACGGCACUCUCGCGGUCUUCGAUGCUGGUCUCACAACCGCUUUGAACGAAGACAUCGCUCAGCCCUUCGGCUACUUCCUCCACUCUAUCUGCACUGGCAGAUCCGACAAGGUUUCUGAGAAGUUAAUCACAUUCAACACGAUCCCGAAGGAGAAGAUUGACACGGAAGCUUUCAACAAUGACCUCAGUGAUGUCAUGAAACAAUAUGUUGGCCACGACUCGAUGCACUCUCCUGAGGGAGUCUUCUUCGUCCAUGUCCUCUUGUCUUCGUCUGAUCUCACCACCCUCAACUUCUUUGAAUUCGUUGUUCUCGCUGAGAACUCUUUCAACUUCAUCCCCUUGUCUCCAGAGCUCCCUGUCUCUUGA